GAGGUGGUAGAUGGGAACGGCAGUUUAAAACCAAAAAAAAAAAAAAAAAAAGGAGCUGGAACUUUACAAGGAAUACAAGGCAUGCUCUGGGAGCCAAGCGUACCAGAGAUUUGGUGGAGAAAGUAAAGGGAGAAAGUCUAAAAAACUGUGGAGAGCCCGUACCCUGGAGGCUUAAAAUCCAGGGUGAGCCACUCAGUUUUUACCUGGGGGAGUGGAUGAACCUGAGGGUUCUGAUUAGGAUGGCUUGAGGGAGCUUGCAGGUGGGAAUGUAUCCUGGGGACAGAAACCAGAUUGGUUUCAUCUAGAUAUGAAUGUAAACUGAAGGGACUGAUAUUUGAGAGAUACGUGAAAGAAGAUGAACAAAACGAGGUGGCUGGCGGUGUACGGAAGCAGGAGGGAGGAAGGACAGAGGCAGAUGCAGUGGAAGGGAAGGGUUUGGUGUCUGUCAGUUUAGAUUGUUCCCCAAAGCAAAACCUGAUAGAAGGACCUGAGUGCAGGUAGUUUAUCUGGGAAGUGAGCCCAGUACUGCACAGUGAGGACAUGGGGAGGAAGAGACCAGGAAGGAGGAGAAGCCAGCAAGGAAGGGCCUGUCGCUGAGCUGCUUACCACUGUGGGCAGCUGGAACCCAAUUCCUUGGGCGACCUUGUGAGGGGCUCCAGAAUGCACCUAGGACCGCCCUGUGGCACUUAUCCAUGAUGCCCUCCCCCGGGUGAAGCUUACCCUGUAUCAGCUCACCGCCACUUCAGGGCACCUGCCAGCUGACUGAGCCAUGGCGACAACUCCUGCUGCUGCCUUUGAGGCCCUCAUGGAUGGGGUGACAAGCUGGGAUGUCCCUAAAGGCCCCAUCCCCAGUGAACUCCUUCUAAUUGGAGAGGCUGCCUUCCCGGUGAUGGUGAAUGAUCAGGGCCAGGUCCUCAUUGCUGCAUCCUCCUAUGGCCGAGGCCGCCUGGUGGUUGUGUCCCAUGAGGGCUACCUGCUGGAUGCCGGCUUGGCCCCAUUUCUUCUCAAUGCAGUGGGCUGGCUCUGUCCCUCUCCUGGGGCUGCCGUUGGAGUGCACCCAUCCCUGGCAUCACUAGCAAACAUCCUGCAGGGCUCUGGGGUUGAGGCACAGAUUCAGCCAGAACCGAGAGAACCCCUGGGGGUUUACUGCAUCAAUGCCUACAAUGACACCGUGACUGCAGAGCUGAUCCAGUUUGUGAAACGUGGAGGGGGCCUGCUCAUGGGGGGCCAAGCCUGGUAUUGGGCCAGUCAGCAUGGUCAUGACAAGGUGCUGUCCAAGUUCCCAGGGAACCAGGUGACCAGUGUGGCCGGUGUGUACUUCACUGAUACCUGUGGGGACAGAAGCCGGUUCAAGGUCUCUAAGAAGGUGCCCAAGAUCCCUCUCCAGGUCAGGUUUGGGGAGGAUCUCGGGCAGGAUCAGCAGGAGCUCCUGGAAGGGAUCUCAAAGCUGGACAUCAAGACAGGGGGAAUUCCCUCGCAGCUGCUGGUGCAUGGGGCCCUGGCCUUCCCCCUGGGCUUAGAUGCCUCUCUAGGCUGCUUCCUGGCAGCUGCCCGCUAUGGCCGGGGCCGUGUGGUUCUGGCUGCCCACGAGGGCAUGCUCUGUACGCCCAAGAUGGGGCCCUUUUUGCUCAAUGCUGUGCGCUGGCUGACCAGAGGCCAGACGAGCAAAGUUGGGGUGAACACGUGUCUAAAAAAUCUGUGUGCCCUGCUGUCAGAGUAUGGCCUGGAAUGCAGUCUGGAGCCCCAUCUGACUGCUGACUUGAGUGUCUACUGCUGUGUGGCUUACAGUGACAAGGAGGCUAAGCAGCUGCAGGAGUACGUGGCCGAGGGUGGGGGCUUGCUGAUCGGGGGCCAGGCUUGGUGGUGGGCCUCCCAGAACCCCGGCCGCUCCACUUUGGCUAGUUUCCCUGGUAAUGUCGUACUCAACUGCUUUGGCCUCAGCAUCCUAGCUCGGACUCUGAACCCAGGCUGUUUCCCUGUCCCUACCCCUGAGAAGCAGAGCUACCACUUCCGCAAGGCACUGUCUGAAUUCCAGCUUAUCGUGAACCACAGGGGCAGGAACCUGGAAAAGAGCUGGCUGGCAAAACUGGGAGCAGAUGGAGCAGGCUUCCUGCAGAUCCCCGCAGAGGGGGUCCCUGCUUAUGCUUCCUUGCACCGGCUCCUGAGGAAGAUGCUGCGUCUGUCGGGCCUCCCAGCUGUGAGCAGGGAAAAGCCAGUUGCCAGUGACUCCUAUGAGGCUGCACUGCUCUGCCUGGCCACGGAGCUGGCACACUCCGGCACAGACUGCUCUCAGCUGGCACAGGGGCUUGGAACCUGGUCUUGCAGCUCCAGUUCGUACCCCUCAGAACACGCCGUCACAGUGGAGAUUGAUGGAAACAACCCAGGCAGCGGUGAUUCCUGGGUGAGUACCGGGCUCUACCUCCCAAAUGGACAAAAUGCAGAAGUCUCCUUGUCUGAAGCUGCAGUCUUUGCUGGACUGAAGGUACAGAUUGGCUGCCACACUGAUGACUUGACGAGUGCCAGCAAGCUGUCUCGAGCCCCUGUGGUGACUCACCAGUGCUGCAUGGAUAGGACCAAACGGUCAGUCUCCUGCCUCUGGGGUGGCCUUCUCUAUGUCAUCGUGCCCAAGGGCAGUAAACUGGGCCCCGUGUCCGUCACCAUCAAGAGGGCUGUGCCUGCCCCAUAUUACAGGCUGGGUAAGACAUCCCUGGAGGAGUGGAAGAGGCAUAUCCAGGAGAGCACAGCUCCCUGGGGAGAGCUGGCAACAGACAACAUCAUCUUGACGGUGCCAACUGCAGACCUCCAGGCCCUGGAGGACCCCGAAUCUUUACUCCACCUCUGGGAUGAGAUGAUGCAGGCUAUAGCCAGGCUGGCAGCCCAGCCCUUUCCUUUCCUCCGUCCAGAGAGGAUUGUUGCUGAUGUGCAGAUCUCAGCCGGCUGGAUGCACUCAGGAUACCCUAUCAUGUGCCACCUGCAGUCAGUGAAGGAGCUCAUCAGUGAGAUGGGCAUGAGAAGCAGAGGUCUGUGGGGAGCCAUCCACGAGCUGGGCCACAACCAGCAGCGGCACGGGUGGGAGUUCCCCCCACACACCACCGAGGCCACCUGUAACCUCUGGUCAGUCUAUGUGCACGAGACGGUCCUGAACAUCCCCAGGGCUCAGGCCCACCCAGCUCUGAGCCCUCCAGAACGAGAGAAAAGGAUCAAAACACACCUGGGAAAGGGAGCGCCCCUGAAUGACUGGAAUGUGUGGACAGCUCUGGAAACGUAUCUAAAGCUCCAGGAGGCCUUUGGAUGGGAGCCAUUCACCCAGCUCUUUGCUGAGUACCAGACUCUCUCUAACAUCCCCAAAGACAACACUGGCAAGAUGAAUCUGUGGGUGAAGAAGUUCUCUGAAAGGGUACAGAAGAAUCUGGCUCCUUUCUUUGAGGCCUGGGGCUGGCCUGUCCAGAAGGAAGUGGCUGCAAGCCUGGCCUGUCUGCCUGAGUGGCAGGAAAACCCCAUGCAGAUGUACAUCCAGACUGAGGACUAAAAGAUGUGCACCAAGGGGUGUGUGUGCAGAACGGGGGGUGAUCACUCACCAACUCUGCCACCCUCUUUCUUGCCUAGUGUACCAUGAGCCUGAAUCCUACUUCCUACCUGUCCUCAGGAAGGCCCUUAAGGUCCUAAGACAAAAUGAGACCAACUUUCUCAAGUUGCUAUGCUUCUUUUAUUGUUUCUCUGCUUGUACUCUUGCUCUCAUCAAGAGACUUGCUUCACCAUCCUCAUCCUCCAGAAGAGGAUGUUUCAUAUUGGCAUCUUGAGUUUCUGCAGGCUCUUCACUUCUAUUUAUGACCGGUAGUUCUAAAGACCAUGGAUUCCAUUAUAAUCUGAUAUCACUCCCUCACCCGAGCCAGCCCUGAACAAAGCUCUUAACCUCUGCUUUGAGAAGCUUUCUAACAGCAAGCGAGACAGGCUGGUAUACUGGAGCGAGCCCUGAACCAGCUUUGGUUCUACGGAAAAUCACUAAACUCUGUCUGCAUCUGGAUUCUUAUCCAUGACAUGGGACAAAAAUCUACUGUUUGAUGAUGGUGAACGUCUUUGAACACAACCUGCAUACGCAUAUAAGGGAGCUCUUCAGCUUUCACCAGGCCCCAUAGUAGCCUGUCUGCCCACUUCCGUGUGGACAACCUGAAAACUGAAUCUCCCUUCAGAGUCAACCUCCUUGAGGGUUAGCAUUCAGUCCUUGUGUGAGAGUAUUUAGUGAACACCAGUGUUGUUCCCAGACAUGGUAUCAAUGACAGUCCUCAAGAUCCUAGCCCAUCCUAUGUGUCCUUUCUUCUGCCUCUGGAAAGAUUCUUGGGUAUAACCUAACCCCAAGAAUGUGGUAUGGACUCAAACUGGAGGUUACAAAGCUAUUGGGGUUUGGUCUUCUUGGUUAGUUUCAUCUUCGAGUACAUUUGCUUCAACCAAAGGAAAAAAUCAUUCCAGCAGCCCUACCAACUCCAUAAGCCCAUUGGUUCUUAGCACAAAACAGGUGUCUGACUCCUCUGGUCACCUUGGAAUCAAGGCACUUUCAGUUAUCAACAGCUACUGUGCUGAGAGGGCCAUGGCCAGGACAGGCUCCAGUGGAACAGGAUUCCUGAGUGCAGCUGACCGAACUAACCCACACUCACUUAUUACCCCACAAACCAGCAGCCCCAAGCUUUCUCAUGAUCUCAUUCCAACCCAUCCCGGCUCUUUGGCUGGGUGGCAUUCCAAUUAGAGAUGCAUCCUCAGGAUUAAUGGGGUGUACAUCUACCCAUUUUCCUCUAGCUUGCUUUUAAACCAUAUUUUUGUUGUUUUCAAUAUCAUUCCAUUAGCUUUGUUGAGAAUAGAGAGACUCCUCAGGUGGAGAACUACCCUAGGGAAUGUCUUUUUCUGAAUCCCAUCAGCACAUCCUUCUCCCAAUUCUAGGAUAAUUUCCUUUUAUUUCACUAGUGUCCUUUGUCAGGUGCUUUUCACAUGAAAAGUACUCAGUAAAUAUUUGUUAACUGAAAGAACAGUAAAGACACCUAACACAUAAUGAACAGUCUUUAUGUCCCAGACAUUGUGUGAGGUAUUUCCUAUGAGUUAUCUUACGGAUAUUAUUAUCCCAUUUCAUAGACGAGAAAAUGAACACUUAAGGAUAUUAAAUAGCUUCUGAAGUCACAAAGCUAAUAAGAGGAAGAGUUGGGGCUUGACUGAAGCCCACAGCCAUGAAAAAAUUGUAGAGCUUUUCUCCAAGAAUGAUUUUCAAUUUAGACACAAAUUCACCGAGACAAUGGAAGUUCAACAAAGUUCUGACUUAUGCCAUGUUCACUAUUGAAUUUUUAUUAAAUAUAAAAUUUAACCUCUAAGAAAAUAUUGGUACCUGAUUUUCUGGUUGCCUCAGCAUGUGAUUAGCUUCCCUAUAGGUAGAGAAAGGAUUUGAACCCAGGCCAUUCAACUCCAGAACUGGUGUUCUUACCCAUGAUGCUAGGGGUGAGUAAAUGAAUGGAUAAUGCUGGGUUUAAGAGGUUGCCACAGAGACAAAGACAAAACCUGACUUUUCCCCACAUUCUCUGUCGUGGAAGUUGGAGCCCUUCUCCCUCUUACACAGAGACUGUGGCUCUGCCGCUUGUUUCUAAGUUCAGAAUUAAUUGCCUGUAACUGCAACACUCUCGGAGUAUUCUGUAUUCCAGAGCAAACUUGCUCCGAAGGAUGUCUAUGCAGGUCUGGUGAAUCAUCAAUAAAUGCCAUUUGCCAGGAA